AACAAAAAAAGCACAAAGUAAGGAAUGGCUGAGUCGUUUAUUUAGCCUUGUGUCUCUGUGGAAAGGUUUUUCAACGUUUGUAGUUUAUAUUUUACAAUUUAACUGACAGAAUUCGUUCGAACAUACGGAUACUUCUUGGGGUCCUUCUGAGGCGAAGCGAAAAUGAUUGUGCAAGAGCCUGUGCAGGCUGCAAUAUGGCACUGUUUGAAUCACUAUGCUUUUAGCGAUGCAAUAUUUCUAGCUGAGAGACUAUAUGCAGAAGUUCGAUCGGACGAAAGUUUGCACCUGCUUGCCACGUGCCACUACAGGGCGGGAAAUCCAUCUUCCGCUUACUCCCUCCUGCAAAGGCAAGGCGUCCACACUCCGCAAGCGCGCUACCUGCUGGCACGAUGCUGCCUGGACCUGAGGAAGUUUGCGGAGGCAGAAUUGGCCCUGCUCUCUGGCAUUCCUUCGGCGAGCAGCUUGACGAAAGCUGGCAUGGACGAAUUGGCAUCGACCUUCGGUGACACCGCACCGUUUGCGCUGGCGCUGUUGGGACAGUUGUGUGCCCGUACGGAACGUGCAAUUCGUGCUGCAGAAGCACAUAAAAAAAGUCUCAAGCUGAAUCCAUUUCUUUGGUCUUCGUUCGAAUCCCUCGUGAAUAUGGGCGAAUCUCCAAGUCCUUCGGAUGUGUUCAGCAUGUCGUCGGUGGAAAACCUUAGUCAGUGCCAAGGCAGCAACCCCCUAGUUAGCUUUGUUAACAAAACAAAUAUGGACAGCAUAACAGAGGAUGUGAAGACAGUAGGGAGUCAAGGAACGGGAAAAUUCACAGUGGUGCCUCUUUUCCUGGGCCCGACUCCACCUGUGCAGGCUCCUGUGGCCCUUGUGAGGCUAGGCGGUGGCUCCAAUCCAUCGGGUGGUACCUCUCAGUCGAUGUCUGGCUUUCUGACUCCCGAAGGAGAGCCACUGGUCAAAGGAAUCAAGUCAACGGGUGGAAAGGCUGCAAAAAGUGUCUUUGCUGGAGUUGGUGCCCUCACACCCCUUUCACCCUCGUUUGGUGUCCUGCCCCUCAACAGCCCUGCGGUUGGUGUUCCUUCUCCGACAACCAAUAGCAUGUUAGCGUAUGUCACACCCUCUCCACAGACAAUCGAGGCUAUGGUCAAAGAACCCUGCCCACCUGUAAAAAAGAACGUCGCACGCAAACCUCAGGGAUUGAAUCCGUCUAAGAUACAGAUCUUCAGCCAGUCAGGGAACAAUAGUUUGGGACAGACGCCCACGGCAAGUCUUACCCCUGGCGGGUUGAGCAGUGUCCGGCGUAGCUCGCGUCUCUUCAGCAGUUCAAACUCUGUGAAGGAAAACAACAAGGGAACCUCUUCGCCAAAGUCUUCACGCGGCCUCGUGUCUAAGACGCAGUCUUCGAAAAAAGUGAAAUCUCCGCGGGGCCUCCGCUCAACGUCUGGUACUCCGCUGGGACAAACCGCAGUCACCGAAGUUGAACUGAAUGAAAUGAACAAGUCGGACCAAACUGUUUCCCUGGCCCACACAGCACUAUGCAUGCAGAAAGCAUCAGCGGAGGGCCUGAUGCAGUUGCUGCAAGAUUUGGGCAGAGCACAGUCUUACCUUGGGCGCUACCGCUGCAGGCAAGCAGUAGAAGCACUCCAAGCUUUGCCUCAGCAUCACUAUCAUACUGGAUGGGUGCUGGCAGCUUUGGGAAGGGCACACUUUGAAUUGGGAGAGUACGAACAGGCUGUGAAAGUGUUUGAAGAGCUGAGACGUCUCGAACCGCACCGACUCCAAGGCUUAGAAUACUACAGUACUGCUUUGUGGCACUUACAAAGGGAAGUUAGCCUAUCUUCACUUGCUCAGGAUCUUCAGGACAUGGAUAAACAUGCUCCUGAGACAUGGUGCGCUGCGGGCAACUGCUUUAGUUUACAGAGGGAACACGAGACAGCAAUCAGAUUCCUUCAGCGAGCAAUCCAGAUUGAUCCUGAUUUUGCGUAUGCACACACACUCCUCGGUCAUGAGUUGGCUGCAACUGAAGAGCUUGACAAAGCCAUGUCGUGCUUCCGAAAGGCAAUCCUGGUCGAUCCUCGUCAUUACAAUGCUUGGUAUGGCAUAGGCAUGAUCUAUUACAAGCAAGAACGCUACGGAAUGGCAGAGAUUCACUUCAAAAGAGCUCUUGAAAUCAACCCGCAGAGCUCUGUUCUUCUAUGCCACAUUGGAGUUGUACAGCAUGCAUUGAAGAAGACGGAAGAAUGCAUCCUAACACUUGACCAGGCCAUGGCUAUGGAUUCUCGAAAUCCGCUCUGCAAAUUCCACAGGGCAUCCAUUUUCUUUUCUCUGGAGAGGUAUCAGGACGCGCUAGGUGAACUGGACGAACUGAAGCAGAUCGUUCCAAAAGAGUCGCUCGUCUAUUUCCUUUGUGGGAAGGUUCACAAAAAGUUGGGGAACACACACUUAGCGCUCAUGAACUUCUCGUGGGCGAUGGACUUGGAUCCUAAGGCAGCCAACAAUCAGAUCAAGGAGUCGAUCGAUCGGCGUUACACUCACGACGAGGAGGAUAUCGUCGCUGUUCAUCAGCUUGCCGUAGAUGACAUUCUUGGAAGCAUGGGUUCUGGACCAGUCGAUCCAGACUCUUCGCAUGGAAGCUCCAUUGCGGAUAUCAACGACAUGACGUUUCAAGCAAUGGAAAGUGAUGAUGGAUUUUGAAGUUUGAAUUUCUUGGUUUUGUGUAACUUACUCUGGACGGAAACUCUCUCAGCCAAUUCCUUUUGCUUUUUCAACUGCUCUGCCGUGGGACAUUCGUGAGACAUCCGUGGGACAUUUUCCCUUGGGACUCAUCUGCUUGUGUGGGCCCCACCAUGUCACUGGGUGGUCGUGGUGCUCUGUUUCGCGAAAGAGAGCCGGUGAAAUUUGGUGAAGGACGUUUCUUGUGGAAGGAUGUGGUACCGUAUAAGUUUUAAUUUAACUGUACAGAAUGGCAGUCUAGGUUUCUGGCGGAUUUAACGAGGUGGUGACAAGGCACUGGAAUGAGUUUUUGGUGAGGUUAUGUCGGGGGCAAAAUUUUUUUGAAGGUGCCAAGCCUCAUUGCUCAGUGCUGCAGACAUAGGUAGUGGUUUUUUAAGGUAAUUUUUUUAAAGUCAUGCUCUUUGUGUGGUGUAGCAAACGUAUACGACAGUGUACUUCUUGGCUUUGUGCUCAUUUGAAAUACUGUGAGGGAAAUCAGACAUGCUCGACACCCUCUGCCUUCUUGUUUGCUGUUAGGAGGGUUGGAAGAAUAGGAAAUGGUGUCAAUGUUGGUAUAGCUUCCAAACGCAAAGGGGGGAUGAAAAUGAAGGACAAGAUUAGAUAUAAGUGGAAAUUUUUAUCCUUAGAUUGAGUCAGUACAAUAGGAAAUGCUGAUGGAAAGUAGCCCUACUAAGGCUGGAACACACAAGCUGACGUUCGAUUCCUGCCGCUGCCUGGCUUUUUUUGGCGGCUGACAUAUUUCGGUCAAAUCAAUUUUGAAUUGGAACAGACUCACAUUAUGAGAAUGGGGCAGUGGAAAUCAACCUUGAGGCACAAAGAAAAAAAUAUCGUGUCUUGAUAAAGCACAAUUCUAGACUGAACUAACCCAAUGUGCCAAAAUAACUUUUUUUUUUGUUCAUGAUGCUAAGGAUAAGAAUUAGUAAACUGGAAACCACAAGACACAUUGAGGUAACGACAUUGAGGUAAAAUGUGAAAAAUGGUAUGACUGAGGCAAUGAACUUUUAUUUGAACACUCUUGAGCUUCCUAUCCCUUGAAAAAGGUUGGACGACGUUCGUAGGACAUUCGUUUCUGUAUGAUACACAUCUUAACAUCUGCUGUAAUUAGUUUUUGAGAGAUUAGUCUGCUUGUGGUCACAGACAGAAGUUUCAUUGUACACGUUCACUAGAAGCACAUUUGAACAAUCCGUGUCACACACCACUGUAUUCUGGAAAGCUCACGCUUUGUGGAGGUUGGUUUCACUGCUGGAGGUACAGAAAGUGAAAAUGAGUAAAAUCUGUAACAUUACACUUAUGUUCAGGGCUCUGUGUCAAAAGCAGUAAACUUUGUAAUGCAACUCCGGCUGCAUGCUCAUUGUAGGCCAAGUUCUUUUCAAUUUUAACACCGUACACGAUGUAUAAUUUUGUAAAUACGUGGGGUUAAUGCUGCAGAGCAUGCGCAGUCUCGCUUUUUGUAGAAGCAGUGUUGAUACGGUGCAAAGACAUCCUGUGCUGAAGCACCUGGAGUCUUAUUGAUGCCUCAUAUCUUGUUUCGGCAACUCAUCGUUAUGUUAAGUUGGGUUAGAAUGUAUAUUUCUAUUUGUACAUACUGUAACCCCCAAUAAAAGGGACAAUGUC